UUCGAAAAACAACGCCGAGCUAAAGCAAACGUCACAAAAGAGCUAAGGGAAAUACAUCAAAACAAAUACUUCCCAAUGCAGAAACUCGUUUCCUAUCUUCUCCAAAUUUCAAUGGUUUAUUUGCUGCUGAUUGUUUGCUUUUGCGUAGAGAAGAGUCCUUAGAAUGGAUCACCGGCAGCCAGAGGAUGUGGGAAUAGGAAGCGCCUUCUCUCGCCAGCGCAAACCAAGAGUUGAUCCAUUGUGUUGUCCAAUAUGUGGAGUAACUCUUCGUUCAAACGAAAUUGAUCGACACUUUGCACUGGAAGUCGAAAGGCUUGAUCGGAUUCUUAAACCUAGAAAGAAUCCUUCCAAUGUUGGGUUCAGAGUGCCUACCGAAGGAGCCGUCACUAUUCCCGGACCAAGUGGAAGCAGUUUUGGUCUAGCGACCGGCAGUGGAUCCAGUAUUGACAAGUUAACGAAUGGACAACAUAACACUGACGAAUCAACUACUUCAAUAAAUCCCGAUGAAUGCUGGGGGACCUAUCAAAAGAUAAAGAACAAUAGACAAGCAAGAUUGAAGUUGAAAUCAAGAAAAAGAAAGACCGAAGAUAAUAUUUGCCCUGUGUGCAAUAAAGCUGUUUCCGAAGAAAUACUAGUGCAUGUUGAAGCUUGUCUUCGUAAACCCGAAAUGAGCAAAUGUGGUAAUAACGCUCUAAACCCUAGGGCGGAAAACUCAGAUGAUGACGCGACUAUUGAUGUGGAAGGUGAAACUAGUGAUUCACUAUCAGGCACCGGUUCAAGCAUGGCAUUCCCGAACCCAUCUGCAGUCGGUGUGACGAGAACAAGGGGUACGGAAGAUACAGAUGAUGAGCUUAACGUGGAAGUUGAUGAUAAAAUAAUUUAUGGACCGUCCCAGUAUUCUGAGCUGAACGUGGUGUACCCAAGCGCUGAGAGCCAAAUUAAGGAUUCUUACCUUCGAAAUUACUUACUGAUGGUCCCUGAGCAACCAGUAACCAGUCGUCCUGAGGUGGAGAAUCCAGGCGAAGGACCCAGUUGGGUGUCAACCCCACAAGUACCACAGAAUAUCGCAGGAAUCUGCACGGAAGCACGAAAUAUAGAAAAUGCAAAACAAAUAAUAGAAUCACUCAAGGCAAAAAUUGGCGAAUACGAAGGAUACAUUCAAAACAGAUCCAAAUGUUUGAUUUGCAUGGACGACUACAAAAAUCCCGUGGUUUCGAUUUGUUGUUGGCAUGUGUACUGUGAAGAAUGCUGGCUCUCUACUCUCGGAGCGAAGAAAAUAUGCCCUCAGUGCAGCAUGAUAACAUCACCGGGGGACUUAAGGCGGAUUUAUUUAUAAAAUAUCGUCUGCUAUGGUAGAAGAGGUGUGCCAAUGUGAUUUUCGAAAACAGGUUGAUUCCGGGAUUUCUUGAUCCUGAAUAAAACAACAUUAUUGCGAAAAACAAUUUUACGAAUAAUUUUGCACAUUUUCGCUGCGUAAGGUAAUCUUGGAACGAAUGUUCAAAUUACAGCAUAACUAAUGAAGACAAUAAAUGAACAGAAGGAAAACUAAUUGUAAGCGACCAUAAAAUAGGCACACGAUGCAAACCUUAUUUCCCAAUAGGUAAAAUUUAAUUGUAUUCUAUAAUGACGAGAACAAAUUCACAGUAUAUUAUAACCCAAAAUCACCACAAACUACAGUCUGAAAAACGUUUAAAGUAGAAUUUUAAUUAAAUAAACAUUUGUAUGUUCUUACAUAGUAA